CGUGAAUCUCAUGUCAUGUCUAAUUCUCCGGUGUUUUCAAUGUUAAAUGUUGGUUUGGUUUCUUUGCCACUUUCAGGUUGUGGUGGGACUUUAACAGCAAGUUCUGGUAUCUUCAUGUCUCCCAACUAUCCUAUGCCAUAUUAUCACAGUUCAGAGUGCUACUGGUUGCUCAGAGGAAGCCAAGGAACCCCAUUUGAAAUCCACUUUGAACAAUUUCAUCUAGAGUAUCACCCAAAGUGCAACUAUGAUUACCUUGCUGUGUAUGAUGGCAACAGCAGCAAUGCUAAACAACUUGGUAAAUUUUGUGGGAAUCAGAUACCACAGCUCAUCAAUUCAAGUGGAGACAGUGUGUACAUAAAACUGAGGACAGAUAGCAGUGUGCAUGGUGGAGGUUUUUUAGCUAACUACAAACAAGUUUGCCACGAAGUUCUCACUGUUAACCGAAGCUAUGGCAUAUUGGAAAGUUUAAAUUAUCCAAAUAAUUACCCAUUGAGGGAGCACUGCAGCUGGACUAUUCAAGCCACAAAGGGGAAUACACUCAGCUAUAGCUUCACAGCCUUUGAUGUAGAAGAUGGAUCUAACUGUGACCGUGACUACUUGAAGGAUGCCAGCACACAAUCCCUGUGCUCUACUUAGGUUUUGCACAAGAGGAAUUGAAAUGUAGAGACGUGUUAGAGAAGGCUACUUACAGCCAAGGACAGGAAGAGGAACAGUGCCCACAUUUAUGGAGUUACUUAGUACGCUGGACUGGUGCAGAAGGCCAAACAACAGGCCUGGUGUUGGGCUAAUGUACUCCCUCUAGACUUCUUCCUUCACUCCCCAUACCUCCUUAUGCCAGCUUUCACAGCUCAAAAAUCAGUAACAAACUGGCAAAAAAAAGUGGAGUUCUUCCAGAUUUAUUCUGGUUCUGGCUAGAAAUUGAAAGAAAUAAUAGACAUGCAAAGAAAAUAAACAAGGGAGCACUGUAUUUGUAUUGAAAGCUAGCAGAAGUUAAACUUUGGCUCAGUUUUGCAAGUGAAAAUGAAAAAGCGGAGCCAAACGGAGAGGGCAGUGCUAGUCUCUAGAUGCCUAAGCCCUUGAUCCGUGAAAGGCAGGAGCCCUGCACACAGUAGCCAGCCAGUGAAGAGCAACAGAUUUGCCAGAAGACACUAUUCUAGAUGUAAGUCAAGGCUGGAGGAAUAGUGCCAGAGGCAAGGACCUGAUCCAAAGUACUUAAAAGAACAGAAAUAAAACAUAUCAGAGGGAGGGAGUAGACGGAGGGCAGACAAGUACUUGUAUUCUUUGUUCUAACAAUUCUUCAUUGCUUCCAAUCAAAGAAAAUACAGACUGAAAGAGGUAUAAAGAGGAAAAAGCAAGGGAAAAACAGUCAUGGAAGAGUGUUAAGAAGGCUUUAAUUUGCAAUUCAUGUCACAUUAUUUGCAGAAGUCCUUCUCUAAGUGCCAUUAAGAAAUACUACUUGGAAAAAUGUUCUCAUUUGGUUCUUGCGUGCUGGACAAAUAUGUGCCAUAGUGUUUAAAAAAAAAAA